UAUUUCUGUUUUGUGUAUAGAGUAUUAAAACACUCGAGGCCGAUGUUACUGCAUGAAGCAGUUCUCUUAUUAGUUUGUAUAUAUGAAUUCAUUCAAGGGACUGUUGCUUAAAAUUCAUCAUAAACUCGAGACUGUUCUGGUGUCAACAUAGCAUGAAUAAACUAAUGAUAAAAAAAUUUUAAACUUCCAAAACUUAAGUCAUUUGGGCUAUAAUAAGUGACCCCAUUAAUCAUGAAUCUGCAAACGCUUUUUCAAGACUUUAAUCCAAGUAAAUUUUUAGUCCACUCAUGUUUGAUGAUAUUCACCGCAUUAUUUGCAUUAAGACUGGAUGGAUUUAUAGAAUGGAGUUAUUGGUCGAUAUUCAGUCCUAUUUGGUUGUGGAAGGGUAUGGUAAUUCUAGGUGCUACAGUAGGCAGUUAUGUUUGGUGGAGACAUCCUCAUGCAAGACUUGAAGGCGAUGCUUAUGUUCAUUACAAGGCUAUGUUAAUAACUCUUGCCUUACACUUAAUUUUAUUAAUGUUCGAACUAUUAGUCUGUGACAAAUUAGAAUCAGAUAGACAUUUAUGGAUAUUAGUAUUCAUUCCUCUAAUUUUUAUUUCGAUUGUCUCCAUAGCUGUGUGUAUUUGGGCUGUAAAACACGACCGAUCAUUUGAACUAGAGUUAUUUUGUGCCGUCAAUGUACUACAAUUUAUUUUCUUAGCUUUAAAACUUGAUCAAUUUAUAACAUGGAGUUGGGAAGUCGUCUUUGUUCCUCUUUGGGCACUUUUGUGUUUAUCAUUAGUGGCUGUACUAUACACCAUAGUGUUCGCAGCUGUAUUGUUAAGGGCACCACAAGUUAAUGCUCGUGUUAGAAGAACUUCAUUAAAUUCUGCUUUAGCGUAUACGUUUCUCGUCGUGCCAAUAUUAGUAUUUCAAGUAUUACUAGCAAAUAAAUUGGAUGGAGAUUUAUCAUUAAAUUAUACAACUAUAGCUGCACCAUUAUUACUCUCUCAUAUGACACUUAUCUUCAUGUCUUUUGGUGCUAAAGGUGGAAAUAGAUGGUGGUUUGGAAUACGAAAAGACUUUUGUCAUUUUCUUUUAGGCCUCUGUCCGCUUCUCCAAGAGUAUGGGAAUAUUUCUUAUCAACCAAGAAGUGAUCACGAUCAACCACCAUCAGAACCAAUGGUUUCAGAUAAGAAUGAAAAGCAUAUUAAAAAAAUCGACCUAAUGAAGCCUGUUGUGCCUAUUAUUUCUAUUGAUAUGCCCGAUUGAUGGCUAAAAAAUUCAAGGAUUGUUGCAGAAACUUUUAAGCGAUUAUAAUUGUGAUGAAUACAAAAACAACAGUCAGCACUGUGUAUAUAUAUUAAUUGUGAAUAAGAUCUUUGAUGAAUUAUUCAAAGUAGAAAGAAAAACAUCAAAUACAAUGUGAAGAUAUAUUGGAAUAGAAAAUUUACAGCAAAUUUA